UACGGUCAAGAUCACAGCGUUAAAAACUAGUAUCGGACAAUCACACAUUGAGUGUUUUUAUCAAAUGUGUAGAACGUUAAAUGGGACAUAUUGAAAAACGCGUGAGACGGCUUACCAACUUUGAAGGGCUGCAUAUAAAGUAACGAUGAACAAUUGUUUUGUGGUCGCUUUGAUGGUCAAAUGGUUGACUAUGUUUUGGCGUAAUGAAAAUGCCGCACAAGCAGAGAAUCCAAAACAACAUCCGCCAAAACGUUUAAACAUAAGCUUCAAUCUUAAAAUUGCUGUAAAUGUCAACACCAAGAUGAUUACAAAUCAUAUAAAUCAGCUCGAGUCUAGCUCUCCGGCAAGCUCUCACUCCCACUCCCACUCACGUUCGAGGUCAGGCACGCGCUCUCAUGCUGUGGCUGCUAUGGACUUGCGUCAACAGCUCUCUCGUUUGGGCCAACAGUUGAGCAGCUCGAGCAAACGGCUCGCGGUGCAUGGCGACAUCUCCACCAUAGUCAUUGUCAACUUGCUUAUGCUGCUUAUGCUUUCGCUCUGCUGUGAUGUAUGUCGCUCUCAGGACGAGUUGCAUCAACAGCAUCAAAACUAUUCGUCAAACCUGCCCAAACUGCAGCUGCAAAUGCGUCCCAUGCUGAACAGCGAUGUGCGGGAGAAAGUGCCUGUGUGGAACAAACAUGUAGGCGCGGCGCCGCCCAGCAUUAUCGAAGGCAUAGCCAUAAGCUCAAUGGUCAGACCUUUAGUAACCAAAAGCAAGCUGAAGGAGCAAUCAUCACCCGUUGUGGGUGAGGAGACAGGCGUGGACGAGCGCAUUCUGCUGGAGCGUGUUACCCAUGAUUGCGUGCAACAUUGCAUUGUAGAGGAGGAUCUGUUUCUGGACGAGUUUGGCAUUAAGUGCGACAAGGCGGACAACAGUGACAAGUGCUAUAAAACACGCUGUACCAAGGGCUGUGCUCAAUGGCAUCGAUCGCUAAAAGAUAUGGAACCCUGUGAAGAGGCUUGUGAAUCCACGCAGUUCUAUCCAUAUGACAUGCCUUGCAUUAGCGCUUGCAAAAUGGCACAACGUAAUUAUUGGUAUCUACAGCACUUGGCUAUAUCCGAGCUGGUUCAGCAAACGCAACCGGAACUGUUAGAUUCAACCACUGGCAAUAGUUUAAUUAUCAAGUGGAGCGUACAGUUUCCCGAAAAUCAUUUAUCCACUCGUCCCUUCAACAUACAAUACCAGCAUGUGCAGCAAGAGGAUUCAUUCACAAAUAACAGCGACCUCUGGCAAUAUUUAACCGACUACAACUGUGAUGAGUACUAUGUCUGUGAGGUGCUCGAGCCACUCAUGUCCUAUGCCAAAUACAAGUUUCGUUUUGAGUUGCUCUUUGGCGAGAGCAGCGAUGAUGUGUUUUACACACCUGAAACGUCCAUUUAUCAAACACCCAUGGCAGGUGCUCCAAUUUCUAGGCCGCGGAUUAAAGCUCUAUUUGCCUUAGACGAGACGCACAUUGCCGUACAUUGGCGACCGGGGCGCUUUACCAACUCACCCCUUCAGGGUUACCGUGUACUCUUGAGCAGCUCUACCCACAAUAUCAGAGAGCAGUUUUUGCCUGCACAGUGCACCAGCUGCAUCUUUGCACAUUUGAUGCCACAGACAAAUUAUACGGUGCAGCUAACAAUGAUCAACAAGCAAGGCGAGGGUCCUGCGCUGGUGGAGAAUGUGUCCACGCUGGCGCCACAGCAGCCAGCGGAGCCGUUGCAGAGUGUGCUGCUGUUGGGUAAACAGAGCAUAGUUUUUCAGUCACUGGAGCCGGCAGGUGAAACACGCCUAAUACUUCAGAUGGAGUUAAACGACACCAUAGUGGACUGGGCAUGGUCAGAGCGGGAACAACGUUUUUGGCUGCUAGAUGCUAAGGGACAAUUGCAUAGUCAGUCCCUGCUGGAGCCGCAGCAGCGCAGUCGACGCCUGAAACUGCAGCUGACGUCUGGAAAGGCGCAUAAAAUAAGCCUGGACUGGCUGCAGAGACGUCUCUACUUGGCUGUGCAGCGUGAACAGCAAUGGGAUGAGCUGCUGACUUGUGAUACCGAAGGCGGCGAUGUGCAGCGCGUGCAGCAGGAACUGCAGCUCGAGCAGCGUGUGCAGCAGCUAGCAUUAGACCCACUAAAUGGUUGGCUGUUCUGGAGCAAUGAGCGGCAAUUGUGGCGCUUAGAUUUGCAUAGCAAGCAGCGACUGCUGGUGCAUGAACUCAAGCAAGAGCUCCUUACGGCAUUUUUCCUGCAGCCGGAACGCUGGUUGCUGCAUUUGCUCUGCAAUGGUCAAGAGUUGCUCGAGCUGAGCUACGAUGGACAGCAUAAGAUGUCAAAGAGUCUGGGCGCAGGCAGCUGGCAAGCAGCAGACUUUAACAGCGAUAGACAACAGCUGCUGUUACUGAACCACACGCUGUUAAUGUUAAUACAACAGCAGACACUAACAGCGCUGCAAAGCUGGCAACUGAAUCAGCCCUACGAAAGUAUCCUGUUACUAACAGGCGCUCAACAGUUAACAGCCCUACCUGCGCGUAAGCCUCAACAGUUAACAGCGCUGUUGGGCGCACAGUCUGCAAAUAUUGCCUGGCAGCCACCGUUGCUGGUGCCGUAUGAAUCCUUAGCAGCAGCGUCGCGUCUUAACACCAGCUAUGAGCUGGAGGUGCUGGACGUGGCCAGUCAAAGUGCUUACAACAUACGCAACAUACGCAGCGAACACUUUACCUUGGAGCGCCUACAACCCUCGAAUCUUUACGAGCUACGCGUCCGUGCCAUUAAUGCUGCCGGACAAGUCGGUCAGUGGACGCCAGCGAUAAGGGCGCGCAGUUGGCCACUAGGCGUGCACAAGCUGCGCUGGUUAACCAACACUGGCUCCCUGUAUGAAACCAAUGAGCUGGCUGCAGAGCUAACAGCGCUGCCGGCGCAUCUAAAUAGCAAAUCACGCACGCUGCUGCAGCUAAACGAAAGCUUGGCUUUUUACAUCAGUGGCGGCUCCAGCAAGCUGCACUGUGUGCAAUUGCAGCAGCCACAGCUCAGCUGCGCAUCACCGCAAGCAACCCAUGUGGGAGACUUGGCAUAUGAUUGGCGAGGCGGGCAGCUUUAUUGGACGGACUUGACACGCAGCUGCGUGCACCGCUGGAACGUCUGGAUGGGCACCAGAGAACUGCUGCCCAUACUACAUGCUCGAUUGCUGGCCCUGGACGCGGAAGAGGGUCAACUUUACUAUGCCAGCGCCACUCAGUUAACGCGCUGCGCCCUAAAUGGACAACAGUCCUUGUUGCAGUCACAGCAAUUGUUCUAUACACCGCAAACGCUGCAUGCGCGCAUUAACAGCUUCUGCUUGGACUUGGAGCAGCGUUAUAUAUACUGGCUAGUGGAGCUGGAGCAGCAGCAGCUCCAGUUAUACCGCAGCGCUUUGGCGGCACCUUCGCCGCAGCUGCUUGUCAGCUUCAAGCAGUCCGCAGUGCUGCCGCAGUCGCUGCAACUGCUAGCGCCGCUGCCUGGCUUGCUCUGGGUGCCGCGCAAUGGCAGCGCAGCACAGCUUUACAAUCUGGAGCAGAAGCAGCUACUUCAGCUGCAGUCCCCAGAUCUGCAGUCGCACCAGUUAAACGAGGUUCGACUGCUACCCACUGUGCCAUUUAUGACGCCCGACAUCAGCGUUCGUCCGUUGCCUGUGCUGGCCGAGAGCGUACGCAUAGAAGCCGGUGCACAAGUACAAGACUUUCGAUUACGUUGGGCGCCCAGCUCGACGCCGGGUAAUCACAGCAUAUGUUACAAACUACUGCUGGAGCUUGGCACCAUGCAUUUACUCAGCGUGGAGUCAAGCACGAACUAUGCGCGCAUUACGCAGCUGAAUGCAGCGUCUACGGCAACGUUGGCUGCUCUGCCCCUUCAAGUGAGCAUCACACCACACAGCGCGUGGCAGGCGGGAGCCAGCACGCAUGUGUCGCUCAGAAUGCCGCUGUCGACGCCAACGCAGCCACAGCGUCUGCGUGUAUUUGUGGAGCGCUUGGCAACCCCGCUGCAGCUGGCACCAAACGUAAGUGCCCUGCUGCGCUGGGAUGCGCCGGCCGAGCAGCAACAGGAGCUGGCCUAUCGCAUCAGCUGCUGGCGCGGCACAGAGCUGCAUGCAGAGCAGCUACUGGCACCCGGACUGGCCCUGGAGACGCGCCUGGAGCAGCUGCAACCAGGGCAGUCGUAUCGCUUCGAGGUUCAGGCCCAAUUGACCGCCACGGGGCAGGCAGCGGGUGUGGCCAGCCACGCCUUGCAUGUGACGCCGGAGGUGCAGUCGGUGCCGCGACUACUCUAUGCCAAUGCAGAGCACAUAGGUGAACUGGACCUGGAUACGCAGCAACGCCGCCAGCUGGUAUUUACCUCCAGCGCCGUGGAGCACUUGGCUUACAUGCUGGGCGAGCAGCGUUUGCUGUGGGUAAAUGAGCAUGUGGAGUUGCUGAGCCAUGUACCCGGCCAGCCGCCUGCCAAGCUGGCACGCAUGCGCGCUGAGGUACUGGCAUUGACCGUGGACUGGGUGCAGCGCAUCGUCUAUUGGGCGGAGCUGGAUACUAGCACAAGUCCACCCUGCGCUGCUGUCUAUCAACUGCAGCUUUGUCGCUUUGAAGGGCGCAUUCUGCAGGGGGAACGUCUGUGGCGCACGCCGCCAGGAGAGCUGCUGCGUGAUCUGCUCGCGCUGCCCCAUGCUACGCAGCUGCUGUGGCUGCAACAUGUUGCAGGCGAACGUAAUGCCACGCUCCAAGGACGUGACCUAAGCAGCGGAACCGCCUUGCGCCUACAAACAGGCACGCCCACUGUGUGGCGCCUCUUCGAGGGCAGCCAGCAGCCCGGCGAAGAGACGCUCAACCUCAUGGACCAGCAAGGCAAACUCUGCGUCUACGACGUCAUGCGCCAGCUGUGCACGCCUACUGCCCUGCGCGCGCAACUGAACCUGCUGGGCGCGCAGCUGAUGCAGCUGGCGCAGGACGCUGGCUACGUCUAUGCACUGCGCAACGGCAGUGUACGCGCUUACGGACGUCGGCGCCAGCAGUUAGAGUACCAGUUGGACUUGCAGCCCAGCGAGGUGCGGCUGCUGCGCGCCUACAACUAUCAGGCUUAUCCCAGCAGGCACUGUCUGCUGCUGCCGGCACCGGAAACGUUGGCCGACAUCACCACGUUCGGCGCCAGUUUUUGUGCGGAAACUUGGUGCAACCUGACGCUGCCUGCACUGCGCGCUGCAAACGACUGCACGCUGGCAGUACCUGGCCUUAGCUAUGAGUUGCAGCUGGAGACACCAGCCACGCUUCUGAAGUGCGGCGCUGGUCAGAUGCUCAACAUAAGCAGAUUGACACCUCAUACGCGGUAUGCGCUGCCGCUGCUACUGCGCAGCUACUACCAGCAACGGUUGCAGCUGCCGCCAUUGACGUUGCCCGCGAUGCUGCUGCUCACCGCCGUAGGCACUCCCAGUGCGCCGCGCAACUUUAGCGCGCAAGUCUUAAGCCCCAGCGAGGUGCAGUUGAGCUGGCAGACACCGCUGCUUCUCCGCAGCGACAGCGUUUAUUACACGGUACAUUGGCAGCUGCUGGCGGAUAGCGAGGAACAGCCGCAGGUUCAGCAGCAGCGUGUGGAGAGCGCCGGAGAGCUGCGUCUUAGUGAACUGCAAGCUGGACGAGCUUAUGAGCUUUGGCUGCAGGCGCAUGCCACGCCCACCAAGGUGAAUAGCAGCGCACACCUGCAGCUGCGUUUAUUCGAGCCGCUUCCAGCGCUCCAGCUGCUCGAGCUGACGGCUUACGCUUUGACCUUGACCUGGGCGGGUACUACAGACCCUUUGCGCGAUCUACAGCUGCAGUGCAGCUCAGCACACCAGCAGCUGCAACUGGACGUUGCAAGCAACUUUAGCCACAUGCACCUGACGUCGCUGCAGCCCAACACGGGUUACAGCUGCCGCUUGGCCCUGAGCUAUGCAGCCACGCCCGCUGCGUCUCUCUACUACAGCGCCAGCCAAGACUACGUCACCCUGGGCGACGCUCCAAGCGCACCUGGGCGCCCGCAACUGGAGCAUAUUGCUGGUGAAAUCUAUCGCGUCAACUGGACACCCGCUGCCGAAAAUGGUGCGCCCAUCCUGCUUUACAAUCUGCAAGCUCUGCAGGCACGCCGCCCUUCACGACGACGUCGCCGUCGUGAGACUACUUUCGCGCUGCUUCCUUGGGCAGAGGAGCCGGUGGUCAUUGAGGAUUUGUGGCUUGACUUUUGCAAUACCACCGAGCUCAGCUGCAUUGUGCGUGACCUGCACUCGCGUCGGUUGCUCCUGUUUCGCGUGCGUGCCCGGAAUCAGCCGUUUGGCUGGGGCCCCUUUAGCGACGACAGCGAGCGCAUUGCCGAACCCUUUGUCUCGCCGGAGAAGCGUGGCUCGCUGGUGCUGGCCAUCAUUGCACCAGCAGCCAUUGUGUCCAGCUGUGUGCUUGCCUUGGUGCUCGUGCGCAAGGUUCAAAAGCGUCGUCAGCGCGCCAAGAAGCUACUCCAGCAGAGCCGUCCCAGCAUCUGGAGCAAUCUGUCCACUUUGCAGACGCAACAACAGCUGCUGGCCGCACGCAGUCGCACCUUCUCUAUAACGUUAAGUGAUGCGGAUAUUGCCCUGUUGCCGCAGAUUAAUUGGAGUCAAUUGACACUGUUGCGUUUUCUGGGCAGCGGCGCCUUUGGUGAGGUCUAUGAGGGUCAGCUACAGGGCGAAGACGAGGCACAGCCCCAGCGCGUGGCCAUCAAGAGUCUGCGCAAGGGGGCCAACGAGUUCGCCGAGCUGCUGCAGGAGGCGCAACUCAUGAGCAACUUCAAACACGAAAACAUUGUAUGCCUUAUUGGCAUUUGUUUUGACAGCGAGUCCAUAUCGCUGAUCAUGGAGCACAUGGAUGGGGGAGAUUUGCUAAGCUAUUUAAGAGCAGCACGUCCGAGCACACAGCAAACGGAAUGCACGUUGCAGCUGAGCGAUCUCUUGGCCAUGUGCAUUGACGUGGCCAGUGGCUGCAGUUACCUGGAGGACAUGCACUUUGUGCAUCGUGAUCUCGCUUGUCGGAAUUGCCUGGUGUCCGCUGGAGCGGUAGUUGGAGGACGACGCACAGUCAAGAUUGGUGAUUUUGGGCUGGCUCGUGACAUAUACAAGAGCGACUAUUAUCGCAAGGAGGGUGAGGGACUGCUGCCGGUGCGUUGGAUGGCGCCAGAGAGUCUGGUGGACGGACUGUUUAGCACACAGUCGGAUGUGUGGGCGUUUGGCGUGCUUUGCUGGGAGAUAUUGACGCUGGGCCAGCAACCGUAUGCUGCGCGCAACAAUUUCGAGGUGCUGGCGCAUGUCAAGGAGGGUGGACGCCUUCAGCAACCGCAACAGUGCCCUGACAAGCUUUACGCUUUAUUGCUACAAUGCUGGCGCAGCGAGCCUUGGGAACGUCUCAGUUUUCGGCGUUGCUACAAUACGCUGCUUAACAUUAGCGAGGAGCUGCAGCUGCCUCCACCGCCGCCGUCGUCUCCACCGCCCAUUGCUGCUACAUUCAGCAAAAAUGAAACUAAAGUGCGCUUCGAUGAAUCACCAGAGCGCCUCAUGCUGCAGACCGUCCACAAGGACAAGUCUAGUGCCAAUAGUGCAACCACAGGCUGUGGCAACUAUCAGCUGUAUGCUAAUGAAGCGAUAUCUCGCCUUUGAGUAGUCUUCUUG